CCUCCCGCCUCCUGAGCCCGCUCUGCAGUUCUGUCUCCUCCCCCUGGGUGAGUCUGGAGGCAGCCCUCUUUCUGACUGUCACAUUUAUUUUCCAGCUCUGACAGGGUCAGCGCCUCUGGGGAGCCCAUCCCCUUCCCCACCUCCACCUGCCGCUGCUCCCAGCAGGAAAGCCGCCUCCCGGCCACCGCAGGUCUCCUGGCCGGCCUCUCUGCUGUGGGACCCUGUCCCCCGCCCCAGCUGCUCAUGCCGAGGUCAGCCCUGUCAGUCAUUUCCUUCUGUCACCGGCUUGGCAAACAGGAGAGAAAACGGAGGUUCAUGGGAGGCAGCAGCAACAGUUGUUCCCACACGCCAUUCCCCAAGUUGGAGCUGGGCCUGAGGUCCCGGCCCCCAGCGCCCCGGGAGCUGCCCGCCUGUUCCAUCUGCCUGGAGCGGCCGCGGGAGCCCAUCUCCCUGGACUGUGGCCAUGACUUCUGCGCCCGGUGCUUCAGCACACACCGCGUCCUGGGCUGCGAGCUGCCCUGCUGCCCCGAGUGCCGGAAGAUCUGCAAGCAGAAGAAGGGGCUCCGGAGUCUGGGGGAGAAGAUGAAGCUGCUGCCCCAGAGGCCGCUGCCCCCUGUGCUGCAGGAGACCUGUGCUGUGAGGGCUGAACCUCUGCUUCUGGUGCGAAUCAACGCCUCCGGAGGCCUCAUCCUGAGGAUGGGGGCCAUCAACCGCUGCCUCAAGCACCCCCUGGCGAGGGACACCCCUGUCUGCCUCCUUGCUGUUCUGGGGGAACAGCACUCAGGGAAGACCUUCCUCCUCAACCAGUUGCUCCGGGGCCUGCCAGGCGUGGAAUCCGGCGAGGGUGCCUGGGCCAGAGGGCCAGGGGAGAGCCUGCCCGGGUUCAGAUGGGGAGCCAACAGCCUCACCAGGGGCAUCUGGAUGUGGAGCCACCCUUUCCUGCUGGGGAAGGAGGGGAGGAAGGUGGCCGUGUUCCUGGUGGACACCGGGGACGCCAUGAGCCCCGAGCUGAGCAGGGAAACAAGGACCAAGCUCUGUGCUCUGAGCAUGAUGCUCAGCUCCUACCAGAUCCUUAACACCUCUCAGGAGCUGAAGGACACGGACCUGGAAUACCUGGAGAUGUUUGUCCAUGUGGCCGAGGUGAUGGGCAGGCAUUAUGGGAUGGUGCCAAUCCAGCACCUGGAUCUCUUAGUUCGUGACUCAUCCCCCGCUAGCAAGGCAGGGCAGGGACACAUGGGUGACAUCCUCCAGAAAUCGUCCAGCAAGUACCCCAAGGUUCAGCAGCUGCUCCGAGGGAAGCGAGCCCGCUGCUACCUCCUGCCAACGCCCGGGCAGCGAUGGGCCAGCCAGAGCCCUGGGGGCCUGGGCGACACAGAUGAUGAUUUUCGCCAUCUUCAUGCCUACAUCGCGGAUGUGCUGAGUGCGGCCCCCCAGUACGCCAAGAGCCGCUGCCAGGGGUACUGGAGUGAGGGGCGCCCCGCAGCCAGGGGGGACAGACGCCUGCUCACAGGGCAGCAGUUAGCUCAGGAGAUCAAGAACCUCUCAGGCUGGAUGGGGAGGACCGGGCCCGGUUUCACCUCUCCGGAGGAGAUGGCAGCCCAGCUGCACGACCUGAGGACUGUGGAAGCUGCCAAGAAGGAGUUUGAGGAGUAUGUGCAGCAGCAGGACGUGGCCACCAAGCGCAUAUUCUCCGCACUCCGGGUCCUGCCCGACACCAUGCGGAACCUGCUUUCCACCCAGAAAGAGGCCAUCCUGGCCCGCCAUGGCGAGGCAUUGCUGUGCCAGGGGCGCGAGCAGACCUUGGAGGCCCUGGAGGCUGAGCUGCAGGCUGAGGCCAAGGUCUUCAUGGACUCCUACACCAUGCGCUUCUGCGGCCACCUGGCUGCCGUGGGGGGGGCCGUGGGCGCGGGGCUCAUGGGCCUGGCGGGCGGGGUGGUGGGCGCGGGCAUGGCAGCCGCCGCACUGGCGGCUGAGGCUGGGAUGGUGGCAGCGGGCGCUGCGGUGGGGGCCACGGGCGCCGCAGUGGUAGGGGGAGGUGUGGGCGCCGGCUUGGCUGCUACAGUGGGCUGCAUGGAGAAGGAGGAGGACGACAGGGUCCAGGGGGGCGACCGAGAGCCCCUUCUCCAGGAGGAGUAAGGAGCCCCAGGGACGGUGGAGGGAGGGAGAGAUGUGACAGCAGGGGGGAAGGAAGUGGGGGAGGGUGGGGUUGGGGUGUCCUGAAGGCACCCCCUGAACCACACUGCUCUAGUUAAGCUGGGUGCCAGGCUGAGAAUCGAGGUAGUCCCGGGAACCUGGGGAAGCCUCCGGGGGCUGGGAGACAGUGUUUGGGAGCAGUGAAUAGAGUUUCGGGCCUGUUUCUGUAUGCCCCCUUCUCAAGUAAACUUGACCCCAGGGCCUGGCCCCUGGAGGGAGGCCCCAGCCUCCCCGCGCUGGCUUAUUUCUCCAGGACUGUAGGAAGGCUGGGCAGGUGCCUUUCGGUGUCUCCCCUUGGUGGGAAGAGCCUCUCCGUUCACAGGUGUGGGCAGGCCGGGACAAGUGACCUUGCUAUUCAGGGGGCAGCAUUGAUGAGGAACUGGAAGAAAGAGGAGGGACCCCAGGGACAAUCCAAAGAGGCUGGGUAUGGUGGAGAGUGAGGGGUCUUACCCUCAGCAGAGAAACUUGCUCCUGUGCCCAGCAGGACAGAGGCGGCUGCCCGUUUUCCUGCAGCCUCAUGGUACCAACGGGGCACCUCACAGGGGGUGACCCCUCUUGGUUGUGCUGUCAGGCCUGCUCAGAAGACUAAACGCUCAUGUUCUCUACGGAAGUCCUCCCCAGCAAUGGGUUAAAAGCCAAAGAGUGACACCUUGAGCUGCGUUCUGAGCUAAAGCAGACAGCACUCUUAACUGAUUCCAUGAACGUUUUACAAAGAAACAAAUCUCUCCUUUCUCACCCGAGCCUGUGAGAAGCUCACUCUGCUCCCAUUUAGCAGGAGACCUGGGUACAGCCCCCGCCACCCCAACCACUGGGGCACAGGAACGCCCUGUGAGGAAGACUUUUAGGCUAUUAAGCUGUAAAGGAUUAAUGAGCACAUUAUAUGAGAAAUAAAACCUGUGUGCUU